GUAAAAAUAAUUCUGACGCGAGUGCGCUAUGCUGUCGUUGAGAACUUUUCGCAUAGAAUUGGAUCGACCAACGGCUACGUAUCUUAGUGGCGAAAAUGUCAGUGGAAAUAUUAUUGUGGACAUAGUAAGAGAGAAAGAAAUUAGAGGACUAUUUUUUACUGCAAUCGGCCAGGCCAAUGUAAGCUGGACCGAAUAUGAUCGUACAAGAAAAAAAAAACAUCAUAACCAUCAUAACCAUCAUAAUAUUAUCUAUAGCAAUUCAGAAAAAUAUUUCGAUUUCAGAUACAAUAUAAUUGCUAAGCACAAAUCCAAUUCACGGAUCAAAAUUCCCUUUGGAUAUCACAAGUAUCCAUUUAACUUUCAACUACCUUAUAAUAUACCAAGCAGUUUCGAGCAUAAAUACGGACAUGUAAGAUAUACUAUAAAAGCCGUAAUGGAUAGACCAUGGAAAUUCGACCACCAAACCAAAAUAGCAUUCACAGUUAUUUCAACUUUGGACUUGAACGCACAUCGUGAAAAAUGCUUAGGAUUGGAUGAUGAAAUAAUGAAAAAUUUCUUUUCCUGCUGUUGCAAUCAAGGCUCGAUUAAUUUACAAGUUAGAAUACCGUCCACUGGAUACGUUCCAGGCCAGUCAAUAACCACAAUGAUGAAUUACGUAAAUUCUACAAAUAAUGUACAAAUAACGAAAAUCAGUACAAAAUUGUUACAAAAUCUUAAAUUUUACGCAUCUACGCCGCACACAAGAUUGAAUUCUAGCACUGUUGAAAUCGUAACUAAGGACACUUCAGAAUCGUUUCUGGAUCGUGGACAAACCAUAUCAGGGAUUAUAAUUCCACCUAUACCACCGUCCUAUCUGGAAUAUUGUAGCAUAAUAGAUUUGAAUUACGAAUUAGUCGUUACUGUACACGUUUCAGGACUGCAUUUUAAAAUGAAGAAAAAUUACCCUCUUUUAAUCGGAACAAUACCACUCUAUUAUCCGCCUUCUGCACCAUCUCUGGAUGAUAUAAGUGCAUCCACGAGGACAUCAUUUCCAAUGCCAACAUCAAGUCAAUUUGAUAGGUCGUGUCUUCCACCGGAAGCUCCAACUAUUGCUUUCGUUCCUCCAGAACGACCCUUUACUUCUUCAAAUAAUCUGGAUAUACCACCACCAUCUUACGAAGAAUGCAUGUCUGGAACUCAAGAUAUCAUGGAUCAAAAUGAUUCGAAAUAUGUGUUUGGUGCGAAUACCCCUUGGGCACCUAGAUAUCCGGUAUUCAAUUAUCCACAAACAAGUAAAGUUAAAAUUUUCUUACACAAUUUUUAAUAUCAUUGAUCAUAAAAUAAGAUUUUCACUUGUAUCUUUCUUCUUCAGAUAUUAUACAUUAAUGAACGAAAGAUCAUAACGAAUAUAAUAUGUGCCAAAGUUUUAAACUCGGAACAAAACAAGAAUCAACAAAUGUGAAUCUACUCCAACAUAACACGUAGUAUGUUAUUAGCACGUUAUUAUAUCUCAAUAAAAAUUAUCGAGAUAUUUAUAUAUAUAUAAUCACCAGUUAAAAUCACAAGGCACGAGGGAAAAGCAACAGUUUUACGAAAAUGAUAUAUUUACACAAUUUAUUUUUAUAUCUCAACAUCGCCAUAUUGUAAUCAUAAUCAUCAUCGAGUCAUAUUAUAAUUAGCAAAAAAAAACCGAUUAUUAUUUUUAAAAAGAUGAACAAGGAGAAUAAUGAAUUUCGCGACAAAAAGCAGUAGUACAAAAGGAAUGAGAGAUUCGUCGGUAAACUCCGAUAAAACAAUAGAUCGAAAAUCGGUCGUUCUCAAAAAGAUCUGAAUAAAGAGGAUAGUAAAAAACUUACAAAGUUAGCUCCUGAGCGCGUCUGCUUGUGUAACAUAAUUGGUUAAGAAUAUGGAGGAAAGUUAAUCAACAAGAUGCGAACAUGUUUCAGAUCAUCACUCAUAUAACAUCUUCUACUCUAUAAUGUAUACAAUUCAACUUGACGCUUUAGGAAAUACACAUGGUACAAUUCGCACUGUAAUCACCAAAUGCCCGAUAAACGUGUCAUUGUAGGAACUGAACCCAACCAUCUUAAUGUUAAAGGCUGUCUUAAAUACAAUGAACAGACACUGUUGUCAUGCCUUUCUUUUUUUUUUCUUUUCUUUUCUUUUUUUUCUUUUCUAUUCAUAGUAUGACUUGCUAUCGGAUGACUGUGAAGAAUUUUCUUUCAACUUUAUUUUAUGCUAUUAAAAAUAACAAGUAAAAAGAUUAAUAUUCAUCGAGCAUAAUUAAAAAAAAAAAAAAAAAAAAAAAAAAUAGCACCUUAACGACUGAACAAAAUCAAUUCCAAUAGUAUCGUUAUGGUAUGAUGUUCGUUAUGGCUGGUCCCAUUUCGCACAUUUAUCAUUCAUAAUUACAACAAUCGUUCUUAAUAAAUUCAUCAUAAUAUGAUCGAGACAAAAAUUCCACUCGAACGUCAUUUGUUGUUUUUAAAUAAUCAUACAAUUAUAACAACGUUCACAAGAACAUCCGACGCAA